AUGACUGAAUCUGGAGUGUACACUCAUCAACGAACGAAUAAUUCCGAAACAUGUCUGACUAGGAUCAAAGUGCCAGAAGGAACAGCCGCCAUCAUCUUCCUCACAGAGGCUUUUUGCGAUGUUUUUUUUCUUCAUUGAUCCGAUAAAAGCAAAAUUUUAUAGGUUACGCUCACAGAAAUCUACUUAAAAAUGUGUCAACGGAAAAACAGAAGCCACAAAUUUUAUCUUGGCGAGUACGAACUGUUGCACAACCAGAAGGACUACGUUCAGUUCAACAUUGUCUUUGUCCCACACAAAUCCUACAGUAAGGCGAAAUCUUCAGCAGUCGGUAUUCCGACUAUCUUUCUUCAGAUUGCGGAGACCUUGUGCAGAACCUUUAUUCGCUCGUCACGAGUGCGGCCACUCUGACCAUCCGCGAUGACAGAAAAAUCUGUGCGCUUCAUCUUCCACAACCAGUUAGAAUCCAAGUUAGAAAAAAAGGACCGACAAGUGCAAACGUUAGUUGGCCAUUUUAAUGUAAAUAAUAAAUUUUUUGCUUAGUGCUGUGCAGAAGUUUUCACCACUGCAGUGUUCAGAAGAAGGUUUUUCGCUUCUGAAGUCAGCCAACUUUGUAAAAAAGGUAAGAAUUACACUCAAGGAACUGUAACUCAAACAAAACUUUUCUAGGAGCUACAGCAACCGUUGAUGCAAGCUGUGAACGUCCGCAGUUGAUUUUGCGAGGAGCAGCAAACGGAGACUUGUUCGAGAUUGAGACAGAACCUUUGGAACCAGGUGUUUGCACGAUGUAA